AAGAACGAUCGUUUCUCCUUCAUCUUCUCGUCCUCUGCUUUACACUGUUCUGUUUUUUCUUUUUUCUUUUUUCCUUGCGUUUGAGCAAAGAGUUCUACGGUGAAGAGUUUCGUGACUUUGUAAUGUCUCAGAAUUCUCCACCCCUUUCCCUGAAAUGGGUUGCUAUGCUUUCAGGUUUAUAUAAAACCUCGUGAAGGUUUGAACAAACCGAGAGAAGAACUAGAAGCAGACAAAGCAGAACAAAAUGGCAUCUUCCCAAGUUGUUGAAAUGGCUUCUUCUUCGCCCUUUGGUUGCGUUCUGAGGGACCGUAAUCACCGCGAUGGAUGCAGGGAAAGCAACGUGAAGGCCACGCAUGCCGCAUUCCAAAGGAACAUCAAGAACUUUGUGAUGGACCACAUUAACACGUGCAUGUCCAUGUCUUCUGACUCAACAAACGAGAACACCAACAAUACUCACAUGAACAACAAUGGUUCAUGGGUUUCAAAGGCUCGUAAAAACCGCAAUCUCCAUAGGCUUCAUUUCAAUAGAACCAACCAUGACAUCAACAAUGACAAGGAUGAAACCUCGUUGGCUUCAUUGAUUAGCCCCAGACACUCGCGCCUUCUUGAUCGAUGGGCUGCAAGACAAGCUCGUGAAAUGGUGUCAACAUUGGAGAAUGAGGCUGAGUUAUUGUCCAUGAACAAUAAUAACAAUCACAACAACAAUAACGGUGACAUGUUCACAAGGACUUGCAAUAGUUCUAGCUCUGAUGAGCCCUCCUCAGAAAUCUCAAACCUUGGUGCAUCUUCCCUUGUUCAGAUAUGGGAGAAGAGGCUUAACCAAUGCAAUGGCUCUAAACCAAUAGAGAGGAUUAGUCCCAAUGCUGCAAGUGCUUCUAGCAACAAUGAGAAUGCGUCCUCUGUGGAGGAACAAUGCAUUGAUGGGCCACCGGUGAAUGAAGAAUCUUUCCCUGAUUGGGAAUCUGAUAAGACUGGACACAGUGAUCAAUCUGUUUCGCCACGUGGCAGGUCAUGCUCUCCGGAGAGUGACAGGGUCAGUGUUGCUGACAUAAUCAAAAAGCUCACUGCUACAAACCAUAAUCAGAGUCCAACACCUUCUUUUGGUGAUGACAAUGAGAAUGAAGUGUGUGGUGGUAGCAGCAGUGUCACAGGUUCUCCUUGUAGAGAGCGAGAAUUUGGUGGCUUCACACAAGAGCAGUUAGAACAUAAAGCUUUUCCUCAGAUGGUUACUUCUUCUCUUCGAAUUCGAGGUCGCCGGGCGUAUAAUGAUUUGCUUAUGCAGUUGGAGCAUGACCGUUAUGGGGAGCUCAAGAACCUGGCAGAACGUGGAUCAGUCUCCAAGUUCACACACAGAGGUCGCAUUCAGUCAGUGCUUCGACUUAGAUUGUUACAGCGUGGUGCGGCAGCUAAUGAUCCACCCAGCCAGAAAUCAACAGCAUCUGAAGUCAACAGACAACAACAGGGAUCAGCAAUUAUGCAAUUAAGGGAAAGGUUUAAUAUUGGGGUUGAACUUAGAACUACAGUCCAGGGAGAAGUGGCUAGCCCAAGAAAUCCUCAUAGGGAGAUAGUGAACAACAACACACAAUUGGCUAACUUUCCCUCCACUGAUCAACUCAGCAAAGACACAAGCAGCCAGACUCCUCAUGGAAUUGCUAAUCACUCUACAGAAUCCACACAAAAGUCAGUGUCACACACUGCAGCAUAUCAUAAUAGAGAAAAAGCUCAUCCAAGUUCAGAUGUCAUGUUCCAAGAAACAAGUUUUCAGGCUCAACAUCAUGAGCCCCAAGAAACCGCUGAGGCAACUACUCCCAUGACUGAUUCAAAUCUAAAUGAGACAGAUGAUAGGGUAGAGACAAGCAACAAACAGAAUGAUAUGGCUAAAAGCAGUAAUGAAGAGACAGUAAAUGAGGAAGAGGCAAGUAACCGCCGGUAUGCUGAAAUAAGUUAUGAGGAGACAGUAGAAGAAGAGGAUGUAAGCAAUCAGAACUAUGCUGAAAGCAGUUAUGAUGAGAUGGUUGAAGAGGUAGAGACCAUUGACCAGAAUUAUGAUGAAAUCAAUUAUGACUGGAUCAGUGAAAUUUCUAGGCCUAGGAGCUAUUGGGAAGAGCGCAGGCAAGCAUGGUAUAGAGAGAUGCUUGACAAUGAUUCUCAUAAUGAGGAUAUACGGAAGCUUCUUGAAAGACAAACGGUGUCAAAUUUCCUUUCUAGUGACUUCCGAGAAAGAAUGGAUAGAUUGAUGGAAUCUCAUAGGGGAACACAAACACAUGUAGUCAAUAGUUAUGAUAAUCAUGAGGAAGACAACCAAGGGUUGAUAGUAUUUUUACAAGAGCAUUUGCAUAAUGCGAGAGCUCCUCAAGAAGAUGGAAGAGAGAGCGGGGAGGAAGAAGAGGAGGUGAGGAUAAAUCAGGAUGGGGAAGAGGAAGAAGAUGAGGAGGCAGAUGAGCAGGAGCAUGAACAUGAAGAGGAGCAUGAGGGGGAGAGUUUGAUAAGUGGUUCAUAUCAUGAAGUUGGCAAAUAUUCUAAUCAAUCCUCAUCGUGGAGUUUCGGGGACAAUGAAGCCGGUGAUGAAGAUCUUGAUAGAGAUGCUUCUACAUCCUCUCCUCAACCUUAUCAAUCUCAGCCAUUCUAUCAGGAUAGUCGGCGAUGCUCUUCGUCCACCAAUCAUCAUUCUAUUGAAAUGGAACUCAUUUAUGAUUUGAGAGGGCACAUGGAUCAACUUUAUCAUGAGAUAUCUGAGCUCAGGAAAUCAAUAAAGGGCUGCAUGGAUAUGCAGAUGCAAUUACAAAAAUCCAUGAACCGGGAGGUUCACACAGUUAAAAAUGAAGAAAAGAAGCCCCAUAACAAGGCUCCAAAGAAAGGCAACUGCUGUAUUUGCUAUGAGAUGAAAGUUGACUCGCUUUUAUACAGGUGUGGACACAUGUGUACGUGUCUGAAGUGUGCCAAUGAGUUGCAAUGGAACAGUGGAAAAUGUCCUAUUUGUCGAGCUAAAAUAGUCGAUGUUGUUCGAGUAUAUGUUGACGAUUAGCCUGUCUCGGUGGACAGACUCUAGAGGACUAUCUCCUAGUCCUGAUACUUAGUGAAUUGCUAAGACAACAAUUUGACAUUAUAUGUCAUACGACUUUCUCCUUUUUACAUAUACUUUCCAAGUAUAUGAUUUUUUCUGGGGGAGAUUCGUAUCACAGACUUCAGUGUAGAUCUUGAUAGUUAUAAAUGAAACUUUUUUUCCUGC